GGGCCCGGGGCCGCAGCCGGCUCCCCGGGCGUACGACGAGGACCUGCCUGGCCGGCUGCCCCGUGCCCUGCCGCGCCCAACAGUCGUGCUCCGGGAUGGGAUGCGCGGCGCCACUCAGCUCCCCGCCGCCGACCCACGCCAUGCCCUGAAGCCCCAAAGUUUGGGGGGCCGGAGGGCUGGCUUCUCCCUCCGGCUCCAAUGACUGGCCAAGGACUCCUGCCACUGCCCAGCCUCGACCUCAGUGACCUGGCUCCGCACCCCAGGUCGGAAUGAACUCUCCCAGGCUGUAACGAAGGCUCCCCUCUCCUCCUAGACCUCUCUCUCUCCAUCCUCUUUGCAAAAAGAUUGGUUUUUAUUUUGUGUUAAUUCAAGCAAUUGUGGUCCACCGGUGACUCCCCUCCGCAUUCCUAAUUAAGCCAAGAUCCAGGGCCUGCGCUUUGAGUGUAAGAGGGGGUGCGGUCUUUCCCAGCAGACAGAUUCCCCGGCCGACCCACAUCCAUCCACCAUGAAGAGGUGCCAGUCGGAUGAGCUGCAGCCACAGCCGGGCGAAGAGGAUGGAGCUGCGCUGGACGAGGCCGCGGGCCACCUGCUGGGCGCGGACCUCCGGCCUGGGGAGGCCACCACGGGUGCUAACUCUGCGGGCGGGCCAACUUCAGACGCGGGCGCUGUCGCGGCGCCCAAUCCAGGCCCCCGAAGCAAGCCUCCCGAUUUAAAGAAAAUCCAGCAGCUCUCCGAGGGCUCUAUGUUUGGCCACGGGCUGAAGCACCUGUUCCACAGCCGCCGCAGGUCCAGGGAGAGGGAGCAGCAAGCAGCCCAGGAUUCACAGCAGUUGCAGCAGCAGCAGGGCAUGUGGGACCAUGACUCCCCGGAUGAGAAGGAGCGCUCCCCAGAGAUGCACCGCGUCUCCUACGCUGUGUCCUUGCACGACCUACCUGCCAGGCCCACGGCCUUCAACCGUGUUCUGCAGCAGAUUCGCUCCCGGCCCUCCAUCAAGCGGGGUGCCAGCCUGCACAGCAGUGGGGGAAGCAGCCGACGAACCAAGAGCAGCUCACUGGAGCCCCAGCGAGGCAGCCCCCAUCUUCUGCGCAAGGGCCCCCAGGACAGCAGCCUGGCUGCCCUCCUGCACCAGCAUCAGUGCCGCCCCCGCUCUUCCUCCACCACUGACACGGCCCUGCUGCUGGCAGAUGGCACAGUGUGCCUCCUAGCCGAGGAGGCCGAGGCUGGCGACAAGGCCGACAAGGGAGACGUCGUAGCCCUGAGUCUCCCUGGAGGCCUCAGCCAUGGGGAUUCCGACGGGCCCAUCAGCCUGGACGUGCCAGAUGGCGCCCCUGACCCGCAGCGCACCAAGGCUGCCGUGGAGCAUCUGCACCAGAAGAUCCUGAAGAUCACAGAGCAGAUCAAGAUCGAGCAGGAGGCCCGGGACGACAACGUGGCCGAGUACCUGAAGCUGGCCAACAACGCCGACCGGCAGCAGGCGGCCCGCAUCAAGCAGGUGUUCGAGAAGAAGAACCAGAAGUCGGCGCAGACCAUCGCGCAGCUGCACAAGAAGCUGGAGCAUUACCGCCGGCGCCUGAAGGAGACCGAGCAGAACGGGCCGUCGCGGCAGCCCAAGGACAUGCUGCGGGACAUGCAGCAGGGCCUCAAGGACGUGGGCGCCAACGUGCGCGCCGGCAUCAGCGGCUUCGGGGGCGGCGUGGUCGAGGGCGUGAAGGGGGGCCUCUCGGGCCUGUCCCAGGCCACCCACACCGCCGUGGUGUCCAAGCCCCGCGAGUUCGCCAGCCUCAUCCGCAACAAGUUCGGCAGCGCGGACAACAUCGCCCAUCUCAAGGACCCGCUGGAGGACGGCGCCCCCGAGGAGGCCGCCCGGGCGCUGAGCGGCAGCGCCACGCUCGUGUCCAGCCCCAAGUACGGCAGCGAUGACGAGUGCUCCAGCGCCAGCGCCAGCUCUGCUGGAGCAGGCAGCAACUCUGGGGCCGGGCCGGCGGGGGCGCUGGGCAGCCCCAAGUCCAACACGCUGUACGGGGCUCCCGCCAACCUGGACGCUGUGCUGGAAGAGCUGCGGGACAUCAAAGAGGGCCAGUCCCAUCUGGAGGGCUCCAUGGAGGACCUGAAGGCGCAGCUGCAGAGGGACUACACCUACAUGACCCAGUGCCUGCAGGAGGAACGCUACAGGUAUGAGCGGCUGGAGGAGCAGCUCAAUGACCUGACUGAACUUCACCAGAAUGAAAUGACCAACCUGAAGCAGGAGCUGGCCAGCAUGGAGGAGAAGGUGGCCUACCAGUCAUACGAGAGGGCACGUGACAUCCAGGAGGCCGUGGAGUCCUGCCUGACCCGGGUCACCAAGCUGGAGCUGCAGCAGCAGCAGGGGGUGCAGCUGGAAGGUGUGGAGAACGCCAACGCUCGGGCGCUGCUGGGCAAGUUCAUCAACGUGAUUCUGGCGCUCAUGGCCGUGUUGCUGGUGUUUGUAUCCACCAUCGCCAACUUCAUCACGCCCCUCAUGAAGACGCGCCUGCGCAUCACCAGCACAGCCCUCCUGGUUCUCAUCCUCUUCCUCCUCUGGAAGCACUGGGACUCCCUCACCUACCUCCUGGAGCACGUGCUGCUGCCCAGCUGAGCGUCUGCGGGCCACCGUGUUCCCCGCCCAUGGCCAUGCUUCUCCGGGGGACCCCGGGAUGUCUCCAUAUAUCCAGUUUUGUCUCCGGCCCUCAAGUCUCCAUCCCAGCGGCGCUGCCCCUGUUCCGUCCCUGCUUCUGCCCCAUGACUUCUCCCUGUUGGCUCUGGCAAGAUGGUGGGGACUGAAAGGAGCAGAGGACACUGGGACCAGCGGGGUGACAGUCUCUGUCAGGCCACUUCUUGCUGAUGUGCUGAGAGGAGAAGCAGGGGAGGGCUAUGUUCACGUCCUGGGGAGAGUUCAGCUUGGGUCCCCAACCCUUCUAGACCCAGGACGAAGACACUAGGGGCAGGAGCCCAGAGCAGAGUGGGGCGGGCACCAGCCUAAGCGGCCUCGGCCCUCCCCUCUCUCCUGCAAUGGCUGGGCCCUGGCUUAUGGCCUGAGCCUUCCCCACGUGGCAGGCAGGUGCAGGGUCCUGGAGCCUUGGCUGGGACUGUUUUCCCUGUUCUUUCUGCCUGUUACUGAAUCUGCUACUUUCAGGGAAACAGACUCCAGGGCCCUUAGACUCAAGCCUGGGAGCACGUCUGGUUCUAUUUAUUAUUUAUUUAUUUGUCCUUUCCUCCCCCCUCCCCUGCUCCUUGUGGAGCUCUGGCAGAGUGGGAUCCUGCCUGCCCAGCGCUAGCCAUGAGCACUGAGCAGAGAGAGUGAAGCCUCUUUUAUAUGCCUAUUUAUUUUGUACGUGUGUUUGUGCGGAGGAGGCCUUUUGUGGCUUUCCUUUUUGAGGCUCUGGUGUGUAGUGUCUGCUUUCUCAGCCUCCUUUCCCCACAGCACAUCCAUGAGGAGGGGGUUUCUCCAAAAAGGAGCCCAAGGCUCCAGGGGCAGCAGAGGGCAGUGCCUGCCAACUGUUGUGGAGUUUCUUGAGAAUAAAUAUUCUCUAAAUUUUCAAACCA